GCUCCAGCGGCGCAUGCGCUAGAGGGCGGAAGCGAGGUCUUGGCGCAUGCACAGCCUGGGCCCUCCCAGCAGCCUCCAGAGCAAGAUGGCGCCGCGGGAAUCUCCAUCCCUGUCUGUCUGAGGGAACGCCAAGUGACUGUGUCCAUCGCUGUGUUCCAGCUCCGCGAGAAAGCAGAAGCUGAGCCCCGGCGGGUGCGAUGGCCGCUGUGGUGGCCAAGCGGGAAGGGCCGCCGUUCAUCAGCGAGGCAGCUGUGCGGGGCAACGCCGCGGUCCUGGAUUACUGCCGGACCUCAGUGUCAGCGCUGUCGGGGGCCACGGCCGGAAUCCUCGGCCUCACCGGCCUCUACGGCUUCAUCUUCUACCUGCUUGCCUCCAUCCUGCUCUCCCUGCUCUUAAUUCUCAAAGCGGGAAGGAGGUGGAACAAAUAUUUUAAAUCACGAAGACCUCUCUUUACAGGAGGUCUCGUCGGAGGCCUCUUCACCUACGUCCUGUUCUGGACAUUCCUCUACGGCAUGGUGCACGUCUACUGAAAUGGGGGCAGGGAUGACUUUUUAAAAAAAACAGAUUGGGAAGACUGUUGCCAGAAAUUAACGACGUGUAGACUUACUUAGUUUUUAAAUUGUUGAAUUCGCUGCUUGUUCUGUAACGUUAUCAGUAACUUAUAUCUGAAGACGAAGAGCCUGUAAUAUUCUUCAGAUUAAAUGAAGCGUGAGACACUUUA